AUGGACGAACAAGUGGAGCAAGUGGGUCAAACCGCAAUGGGGGCCCUAGCUAGAGAAAUAGCAGGGGCUAUGAACUUGUUGAGGGCAGAGAACCAAGCCCGAGAGAACACCUUAGAGUGGAUCCUACACAACUGGAGUGAUGAAGAUUGUGUCCAAAUAUUGAGAAACUGCAGAAAAGCAAUACCAGAGAAAACUGGAAAGAUUGUUAUAAUUGAUACGGUUUUGCAACCUGGUGGCAAUGACCUAUUUGACAACACAGGCAUGGCAAUGGACCUAAUGAUGCUCACAUUGGUUAGAGGUGGAAAGGAGAGGACUAAGCUUGAAUGGAAAAAGAUACUAAAUGAAGGAGGAUUUGUGCGCUACAACAUCAUCCAAAUUCCAGCUUUACAGUCAAUUAUCAAGGCAUAUCCACCGAAACUAGCAACUGAUGUGCUUCAAAUACAAUAG